CUUAGGCACGUUGCCGAAUAGAUUCGAAGGAUCACCAUCAGAAGGGAAAGCUUAGGCUCUGCGUUGUUUUUGCCAAGAAGGCGGAUCCAAGAAUUGGAAAGCCUCUUCGAGCAGACCAAGACGAAGGAGGAGAGGAGACAGCAGGAUGGUGCUGUUGGUGGAGGGCUCCACAGAAGUGGGUAUCGAUGAGCUGGAUAUGCCAAAGGCUGACGCUGCAUGGGAAAAACAGUGUUAAGAACAUGAAAAGUAUUAGAUACUAGUACUAUAAUAGUAUUUUUGAACAGUAGACAUCCCUGCGCUAUCCUGAUGUGAUACUAGUUGUACUAUAGUAUUUUUGAAUAGUAGAGGGCAUCCCUGCACUGGCCUGUGAUAUUACUAGUUGUACAACUAUAGUAUUUUUGAACAGUAAAGAUUAGUUACUGCUUAGUAUAAUUUUUGAAGGAACAGAAGGCACAUGUACAGAUUUUAGUGAGCAAUCUGGCAUCGUUCUCUUUACUGAUAGUCAGGCACAUCAGUCAAUCAAUCAAUCAAUCAAUCAAUCAAAUUGGCUAAUCGAAAACUGGAAAUAACCGAGGUACUCACUGAAAUAAGGCGGGAGUUAGCUGUAGAGGGCUACUCUUCUUUGUUCAGUAUCUCGGUUAUUCUGAUCGGCUCCUCGCUUAUUUCAGUUUAUCGAAUACUAUUAUAGACUGCAUAAUGUGCAGUAUUACAGUUUAUCUAUUAUAUAGACUGCAUAAUGUGCAGUAUUACUUUUCUAAAGAGGCAAGGAGACGCUGAAAAAGCAGGGUAGUGUGGACAAGCAAAUGUCGCUGCGCGAGUUAAGCGGACUACUGCCUAAACCAUAUUCCCCAUAGGGAGUUCUAUUCCCCAUAGGGAGGAGAUCAUCCCCCACAGUACACGACAGAGGAUUCCUUCUAUAUUUAUUUUUUAAUUUUUUUUCCUAGGAAGAUCAUUCUGGAGAGCAUUCUGGACGCUUCCUGGUAGAGGUGGCCAAUUAUGCCAGUCGCCUUGCCUGUGUCAUUGGUUUGCAUGUUGUGACCCUUCGACUUUUCACAAAGCAGCUGAUACUCUGGUCAGCACUAAAUUUCUUACACUACUCCCCGUGUCGACGCCAAUAUGAAAACUAGGAACAUGUUUUGGAAGUCGAAGUGAGUAGUGCACUAUAUUCUGAAAAGAGAGUUCUCUCUCCAGAGUUGCUUCUAAGAGAGUCCUCUCUCCAGAGUUGCUUCUAAGAGAGUCCUCACUCGGCGAAUUAAUCAGAGAGCAACAAAAGAGAAUUGUGGACAACGGCGGAACGGCGCCGAGUAAUUAUUUAUGGCUUCGUCCCCAAAUUCAUCUUCAGAGAAGUGAAGGUCAGCAUUUAUUCAUCUUUCUCAGCAUCUCGAUACCCUUUUCUUCCCUUGUAUUCCUAUCAUGGUCAAAGAUGGAUUUGCAGAUGAAUUUCGGCUCUUGUAAGGUCUAACUUAUCAAAGGCGGACGAAAACCUCGCAAGAAGCAUUAAAUGUUACGACGAAACCCUCGGAAGAUCUUUUAGUUGUACAUUCAGUCUAGAUUCGUCUUGAUGCUCCUCUUGUUGCAGAUUGUAGAACUAUUGUCUGGAAAUCAAUAAGCGCCCAAAAAGAAGAAGAUGAACUAGCCUAAAGCAACUUGCUACCUUCGCAAAAAGGAUACACGACAGUUCAAAUUCUCUCGUCUGGUUCUUCCUUUAUUUGAGCAGUGGACUCUGACAGCCAAGUCUUCUAUUUAGUUCCACUCAACAGCGUCCCUCUAGAAAUUUAGACUCUAAAAAAAAGUUGAAUUGGUAAUCCACGAUCUCGAUUGCCAUAUUUUUGAGAAGUGAAAUUCUUGGUUCUGCCUUCUUCUAAUUCGUACGUCUUGAAUGAUAGGUCGCUCGACGACUGGGAAUGGCUCACAUGCAGGAAGAUGGAUGAGAAGAAGGCGCGAGGAAAUUUGAAAAAAACUACAGGAGCUGAAGCCAAAGCUACAACAGCCGAAGGAGGAGG